AUGUCUCAACCUACAACUCAAGAAAUACCAUUGACUUUUGCUUAUAGUGAAAUUGAAGCAAAUAGAAUUAUACAGCAGAACAAAGGCAAUAGUUCCUUUUUACAAGUGUCUACUGAUACAACUUUAUUACGAGAGAUUGAAAGGGAGAAACGGAAAUGGAUCGGGUUGGAUCUACAUGCCAUAACCCUUACAGAAUAUUAUAAAGUUGGCAGAAUACCCAGGGGCUUACGAGUUAAUUUGCGACCAACCAUUUUCAAAGAGAAUAAAGAUUUUUCACAGAAAUAUGAAAGAAUUAUCAACAAAUGCUCAUUUGAUAUAAUCCUAUUGAACAUUGAAUUCUUACAGCAUGAAAUCUUGGAGUCCUCAAAACAUAUUGAAGCUAUGAGUGACAAAUUGAGAGAAUGUUCCCCUAUAGAGACAUAUAGAGCGCAAUUGCGACAAAUGGAAGAGAACCUGGACAAGCACAGACGGGAGAUCGAGGAGAGGAAGAGAAGCAAAUUCCGCAGAGACGAAUCCGACUACAGCUCAGGUCAGGUAUACAGCUGGCAACGGACCGAUACUGACAGGCGAGGAGCGUACAUGCAGCUACGUCGCAUACGACGACGUCAUCAGCAGGAGACAUCCGAUCAGAGGCAGCGUGAUCACAGUGAGCAUGGGAGAGACCGCUCCACCGAUAGCGUGCAGACGGAUACAUCAGCACAGGAGUCGUCAACAUCAGCUUCUUUUUUAGAACUGGGCAACAAAAAAUACACACGAAGAAAAGGAGAGGAGGGAGACACCACAGACGCAACAUGGGACAAGUGCAGACAGCCAGAACGACAGACACGGACCCAAAAGAGACAUUAGUGAAGUAUAUUGCUCCUAUCCAGGGAAUUGCUGGUGUCCUGACAAACGUAGACAUCCAGAACUCCAGUGACAGAGCAAAUAUGUGAGUCACACGAGAUUUUAAAACUUAUCACUACGGAUUAUAAUGUUAUAGUAACACAUUGUGUUUCAUAAAAAUGUUUUUUAAAAUGUUCACAGUACACUUGAUUUUUAUUACAAUUUUUAACUUUUAUAUAACUCUGAAUGAUUAUUAACACAAUGGAUUAUUUUACUAUUAAUGUAUUGAGCUAUUUUGCACAAAUUUUCAUGGACACUUUACAGAGACUGCUGGGAAUUGAGUCUCUUAAUUGGGAGGUGGUGAUUGAUUGUUAGAUCCUCCCACUAAGCACCUGGUAAUCACCUUUAAAAACACGUUUGUUACACAUUUUGUUUGGCUUGAUAAAGGACUGGAAUAGUCUGAAACGUUGCCGUUGUUGCACGAAUAAAAAGU